UACAUACGAGUACAUUAUUUCUAUUACCUAUACUUACACUUACCAACGCAACAGAUACGAUUUUAUCAGUUAUCAUACAAUCAUGUAAAUUGGCUGGUUUCGAGACAUGUUCGAUUUACAAAGGCGGUUGUUUUCCACAGAUUUAGUGCACAUUUUUACCGUGUUUUUGUUCAAAAGUAUGAGUGUCGAAUGCGUAUUUUCUUCUUUUUUUUUCGUAUCUCGACCGCGAAAAAUAAGUAAAUAAUAACUCGAAUAAGACGAAGAGGAAGGAUAUCGUUCGUAUUGUGUUCUAGUGUCUACAGAAAGUGGGUACCUCAAUCAAUUUAUUUUAAAAAACUCAUUCAAAAGGUAAUACGAAAUUUUAUGAAUGCGUGAGAGUAAUCAAAAACUUAAUCACAACGAAGCUGUUUUACCGGCAUACUCGCUAGCUAUAUGUGCCUAGGUGGAUGAAUAAUUAGACGGCAUAUCGACCUAUCGACCAUCGCAGAAUGAAAAAUAAAAAAGGAAUACUUUUAGCGGCAAAACAAUACGGAAGACGAUCGCGACCAAGAGCGAAAUCGCUGGAUUCUCCAUGUAUGUCCGGAGAUGAAAACUUCGCCAUUGAAAGAAAUAGAAGUACAGAAAAUGUACAAAAAAAUCCCGAAAGUGAUCACGAAUCAGACCAACUGAUGCCGUUGAUGGUUAGCAAAGAACCCAAAAUUGCAUCUUAUGCUAAUAGAUCUUACAGUUUGGAUAGUAAUCCGCAAUACCAAUUUAUCCUGUAUGGUACAUCGGUUCCCUUUUUAACCAGCGGAUAUAGCGUUAGUUUGAAACCGUCAAAACAAAAUAGCCUCGUGACUAUAUUUGCGAUUUGGAAUACGAUUAUUGGCAGUUCAUUGCUUGCAAUGCCAUGGAGUGUUCAAAGAGCAGGAUUAGCAGUUGCUCUUGUGCUGAUGUUGUUUGUGUCUACCUUGGCUGUGUAUACAGCAUAUCGUGUGCUGACCGUCCAAUUCUUGCAUGGUGAUCAAAAUAUUGGAGAGGUUCCAUACCUUUGCAAAGUUUUACUGGGGAAAUGGGCCGAACUAACUGCGCGAAUAUUCUCAUUCGUCAUCAUUUUUGGAGCAAAUAUCGUAUACUGGAUUUUAAUGUCGAAUUGCUUGUAUCAUUCUGUCGGCUACUUGACUGAUAUUUUAUUUGGUACAGAAAUGAAUUCUAUGAAUUUGAACAACACAGUAUUAUGCCCCAGCGAUGAUGUUGUAAACAGCACGACAGCUGACAUUGAGAAAACAUUAUUUCAAAAAGUUUGGAAUCUCGAAACUACCGUUCCUCUGUUCUUAGUCAUUAUCGUAGCUCCGUUACUGAAUUUUAAAUCGGCUACUUUUUUCACCAAGUUCAAUUCUAUCGGAACGCUGUCUGUGAUUUAUCUUUUUAUAUUUGUUUUGAUAAAAUCAUUCUCAUGGGGAGUGAACGUAGAUCUCAUGGAACCCGAAAACGAACAUUACGUUAAUUUAUACGAAACCACGUUCUUCGCCACAUCAGGCAUGCUGCCACUGUCGUUGUUCAUUCACAAUAUCGUAAUCACGCUGAUGAAAAACAAUCGAGAUCAACAAAAUAAUAGCAGAGAUUUAUCAAUCGCAUAUGUGCUCGUGGUCUUGACAUAUUUGUUGAUCGGUUUCACUUUUUACAUUUGCUUUCCUUUGAAAAAGUCAUGUAUCGAAGAUAACAUGCUGAACAAUUUUCCCGAUUGGGAUGUCACGACCGUGGUCGCUAGAAUAUUCUUAUUUUUCCAGUUAUUGACAGUUUACCCUCUUCUCAGUUACAUGUUGAGAAUUCAAGUAUUUUCCGCGCUGAAUUACCCUUCAUACCCGAGCGCGUUUUAUGUGAUGAUACUCAAUCUAGUGAAUAUCUUCGGUUGCGUUUUAUUCGCUAUUUUUUUGCCUCGCAUCGGAACCAUCAUCAGAUUUACGGGAGCAAUUUGCGGAUUUGUUUACAUAUUCACGUUACCGUGUCUUUUAUACAUGGCUUCGAAAAGAGAACGAAAACAAUUAAACACAUCGACGAUCAUUUUACACUCUUGUAUUCCAGUAAUUGGUCUCGUCAAUCUAGUCGCCCAAUUCUACGUAUCCGAUAGUUACUAAUUUACAUUACCUUAUUAUUAUGAAGAAAUCAUACGUGUGUAAUUAUCAAGCGAAUAUACACGUUUCGAUGUUUUUUCCCAUCAA